CUUCACUACAAAUCCCCUUUUAGCGGGAUCUUGCGCUUCGUUCGGCCUCAUUUGGUUUUCAUUGUUUGCCCGUUCAGUCAACGCUAUCCCGUCGCUUUUUGUCCCACGCAAUAAAGAAACUACUGAGGAACAAGAUCCCCUACUACAAUUUACCUUUGACCACUCGUCAUUCGGCCGCUUUUGUUCAUAAACAUCUGCUUGCCACUCUGUGCCUCCGGUACCGCUGCCUACUAUUUGGUGGUUGUAAUUUCCCAGCAGACUAACGUGCCUUCGUUAAAGCCACCGUUUCAUCUCGCCCUAUAAAUUACCACAGAACUUGGACUUAAUCCAGUGCAGAGGGUUCUGUAUCCUUCGUCAUGUCUGUCGUCAGUGAACAGCUCUUGCGGAAGCAACUUAAGGAAAUUCAGAAAAACCCGCCUCAGGGCUUCAGUGUAGGUCUUGUGGAUGACAAAUCCAUAUACGAAUGGGAGGUCAUGAUCAUUGGUCCCGAAGACACAUUGUAUGAGGGUGGAUUCUUUAAUGCCAUUCUUUCUUUUCCAAAGGACUAUCCUUUAAUGCCUCCUAAAAUGAGAUUUACGUCUGAGUUUUGGCAUCCAAAUGUGCACACUAAUGGGGAUGUGUGUAUUUCCAUCCUUCAUCCUCCUGGUGAUGACAAAUGGGGGUAUGAGGAUGCCGGCGAACGCUGGCUUCCUGUUCAUACUCCGGAAACUAUUCUCAUCAGCGUAUAUCCAUGCUCUCCUCUCCCAACGAUGAAUCUCCCGCCAACAUUGACGCAGCAAAGGAGUUCCGUGAAAACCCCGAAAUGUUCAAGAAGCGAGUGCGUCGUCUCGUACGCCGUUCCAUUGAAAAUAUGUAACGUGCAAGUCCGAUGAUGACAAUCUUAGCAGAAUCGUUCUGGGAUAGAGUCAGAACUGUAUUUCUGCAUAUAAAAGAAUAUGCUUACGACGAAAAUAUUAUAGAUUAUUCAAGAUCGCAUUAUUGAAGCUGAAGGAAGUGGACUUUAAGGUUUACCAGGCGAUGCACGUGUUUCGCUUAUUUUUUCUAUUGGAUGAGCUUAAUUUAUUUAAAAGUAUCCAUUUCUGAAAUAAAAUGAUAUUUGUUCGUA